GGGGAGUCGAGGAACGAUAAGCUUUUCUGAGUCUUGUACUUGCGUCGAGACUUUUCUAUGUUCGUUGACCGUGACCGAAUGAAUAUGACGCAAAGAGCACUCGUCUCCUCGAUAGCGGUGCGCCGCAGUCUGUGCGCGUUCGUAAUGCUGCCAUUUAUGCACACUCUUCGCAGCUUUCUAUUCAGCGUGACCCUUUGCAGCUCGUUGGUCUCCGCACAACUGCCGAGCGUAGAUGAGAUUCCGAAAGAUCACCGCUGGGAGUGUUUCGACCAAUACAUGGAAGCGGAAAGCGGUUGGUCGGUAUCCCGCUGCUGCUACGGACAAGAAGAUGCGUUGCAGCAUUGUUUUCAGGACCAACCGCAUUGGCGUGAUUUCUGCUGUGCUCCGCCGAAAGUCACGCUCACAGGUAAGGCAGUCCAAGUGCUCUAAGUCUAAUAUCUCCUAGCCUGGAAUCUUUCACAGAGACAGAGAUGACGCAUCAAACAGAUGGCAGGAACUUUCAUGAUUUUUUCUAUUUUGUGUUGUUGCUUUUACUUUACAUAUUGCUAGAUUGUGCUCAGCUCUAACGUCAACUCUUUCUCUUCGUGAUGCAUUGACUACAUUGCUCACCGAUCUUUUGUCCAAGAACACAGAGCGACUUCGAAAGGAGCGCCCCGUCCUUGGUUGGGCACUGGAGCAGACACCCAUGGCCCUUCUCACGCGCGCAGAGGGACUGCGAAACAUGAUGCUUCAGGCACUCGAAGUUCUGUCCACCAUCGUUCCCUUCUUCGAAUUUGACGUUGUCCACGAAGAUACCUUCGAAAUAUUCGCUGAAGCCGAUACGCAAAUGACCGCCAGGGAGAGCAACUCCACCUAUCACACAACUCAAGCUGCAGCACUUGGUGGCGCAUCUACAUUACACAACUUAGAUGGCGGAAAGAGGCAACAACAUCGAGAAGCACAGAAAGAAAGCUCCGUGGAAAAGCCAGAAGAUGCAGCUGAGGGGGCGAAGGAUCCUGAAUCAAACCGUUACUCACUUGCGAGGUCCUAUCCGUACACGAAUAUACAUGCCAUGUCUGCGCGGACGAAUUUUACAUGGAUCGCCAAAGAGAGCCCAUUUCUACGCUUCGAGAAUAAUAUAUCCUAACUCAUGACCGCUGCUGCGGAGGCGAAAUCGAAAGUGAAUUAUAUUGCGUUUUGGUAAAAACAUUGUUGAUCUUGAUGGUGUUGAUCUGCCAACGACAUUGAGCUUGUUGUAAAUAAUCGUAAGCAGUACGUAGAUGUAGAAUAAGUCCUGUAAAUAUUCUUCUAAUUCUGGCCUCACUUUUUCGAAAAGGGAGCUCGGAAAUGGUCGCAGACAAUGCUGCCUUUGCGCCGUUCGAUAGCUGUUCUUGCGUCGGCAAAGGAUACGACUACUUCAUGGCCAUCAUGCAGAUUCUGAAAGGCUUCGACUUUCGCAGCAAGUUUGGCCUGCGAAAACAAUUAUCGGAUGCGGAGCGCUCGUGGCACUUUCAGCACUUGAAGACGCAGGGCUGCGCGAACUUCGAUUUUAUGAACAUGGUGAGAGACCAGAUCUUCUACACCGACUACUUCCACACGUUUAGGUGCGCUCCAGGUGAAAUGGGCGUCAAUCUGAUGAGCGCGCUUUCGUGCAUCCUGGAAGAAAAAUACACCUACGCGAUGGAGUUUUUGCAUCUCAAUGUUAAGACGAUAACGGACAAAAUUUCACGUUUGUCCUAUGAUUCAGCAACCUGGACAGCCAUAACUACUUUCAGGCAUUUUUUUGCACAGACUCACUGUCACUGCGCCGUCCUCGACAGGAAACAAGUUGUGCUUUAGACGAUUCUCUCUCAUUAAGGGCACCAGAAAAGUGAAAAUAUGCUAGACCUAUGUAUUAGUUUUUCGAAAACGAAGACUAAAGAUUAUGAGACAAACAUAUUACCGACAAGACGAAGGACAGCGUCAAGGUGUUCCUCCUCUAAAAGUAUGAUGAUCUCGGUUGCGUAUCAGUGUGACCUAGCCGACUGGCCUUUCACGCACUUGACGAACGUGGAACUGUUGAGAAAUCUUUACGUGAUGGCAAGCGUGGAGCAGAGAGAGGGGCUGCCAGUCGCGAAUGCGACCUACCGCGACGCGCUUGUUCUCCACGGACAGAGCUCCCUGAAGCACGAUCUUGCACCCAACGGGCGACACGGGAGAGAUGGCGAUGAAGUAGGAAAAGAGCAAAUCAGGCAGCGCAAGAUGGCAGAAGCGCAGGCGCUUAGGUUUAGAAGGAAUUCCCGACCGUCACCAUUCUUUCGCCAAAGUGGAGACGUAAAGAACGCACCUAAGUUGACUCUUCAGCAGAGCUUGCUACCGCCGUCGGCUAAGGCGCCGGCUUUUGGAGAUUUAGAGCCACACAAUCCGUAUUUUUUCGCAUUCAACCGCAUGUUCCGCGAUACUGUAGGAGAAGUCGUUUCCGCUGCGUCCCCUUCUGAUUCUUCGACAGUCGCUGCGCCGGCGCCUACGUCUCUCAGGGCGUUGGAGCUGCGUUCAAUGUCCCGCAGUGUCUCUUUUCUGAGCGAUUUUUUUCCUUCUCCGAUCGACCGGAUUCGAACCGGUUGCCGUGUUCACGCUGUUCCACAGUCGACGCCCUUCUGUGUUCGCAAUAACACUGUGCUAGACCGAAGGGGUCUGCAUUCAGUUUUCUACGGAUCGGGAGUGGCCACCUCGGGCACGAAUGAGGACGGCGUGGAGCUUUUUUAUGGCUUAGCUUUAUCCUGGAAACAGCUCAACUCGUGUUUGUGGAAUUUAGAUCGUAUCUAUUAGUUUAUAGAGACUACAAAGGAACGCCUGACGUGCGAGAACGGCAAGGGCUGCAUCAAAAGCCACACGCUCCCCGAGCGAUUUCCCGCUAACGCUUGGCGCUUGAUAGCAGCCGGUACCCAAAUCAGAAGGGCGACUCCUUGCUCGCAUUGGACGAAGACCCAGCAAAAGGCAUCGCUGUAGCAGAGACCGUGCUUGCUGCGCAUCCAGGCCAAGGCUCGGUUGUCCGAUACGGGGAAGCGGCCCGGCCUGAGGACGAUGCGGAAGCUGCCAGCAAUGAAACCCAGGCGAUUGAUAAUGCUAUGGCUGUGGGUACUGGAGACGCACGACAGCAAGUGGGAAGUCUGGAAACGGACGCAGAGAAAAAAGGUGCCGAACUAGUUACGAAUGGUCGUCGCCCUACUUUUCUCAUCCUUGUGCUGAGUGCCCACCGUUAAAUAUAUAAAUUAAUCGUUCCGCGUAAACAAUGACAAGGAGAAAGAGAAAGAAUUGUAUGCGACUUUGUAUAUUAAGAUACUUCGCGUGAGCGUAACUGACUAUACGCAUGAGGAGCUCUUUGUCCUGGCAGGACAAGGUGAAGAGUAUUAAGGACACUACUUCAUGAUGUGUGGAACUAGUGCAGAGGUGCCUGUAAAAUCAGACGACAAGUACCAAGCGCAGGAUCGUGCCUGGGGAAACCACGCGCAUGGCUUAUUUCUACGACACGCUGUACGGCGGCAACUAAAGGUCGCGAAUCUCUGUAAUGAGUGGGGCCGUCACACUCUGUGGGCAAACACGAGAAACCUUUACCACCGGCACUUGGACGAAGCAGACGCUGUGGCUCCUUCCCACGAUGCUGAGUCUGUCCUGCACGGCAAUACUCUCAACUAUCCGUCUGGUGAUAAUAUCAAUUCAAGUGAUUAUAGCGGAGGCGGCGGCCAUGGCGGGAGCGAUAAGUUACAGACACCGCCGGCUGUGGUUUCUGGCACGAGUGAAUCCGUGACACUUGGGCAGACUCUGAACUUUGCGCCCGAUAGAGACUCAGACCGCGACAGCCUCUUAAACUCUGAUCUCGAUCGGCUAAAAGCAAGGCUUCGAGUCAAAAUGCAACAGCUGAAAGGAGACUUCCACCAGACCCGAGCCGCGGGCACGGAUUAUACCAAGAGCGAAAGUGAUCGCAAAGAUCCAGCAAAUACGAACAUCAGCGACAAGUCGGCUGGCAGCGGCAGCGCUGAUGCGCAGUUUCUAGAUGAAGACUCAUCCGGCGCCAGUAAGAAAGCCCUACACCAGCAAGGAGUGUCUUUCGCUUCCUUUCUUCUCUCUCCGUCAAAAGAUCACGCAACGCAGGUCCGGACCUUGAGAGAUCUCACCUGGGUCGUCACAGCCACGAUGUCAGAGGUGAACAUGUCGCAUUUUCUACUGUUUUUCCUGCAAAUCCUUUCUGAUGCACCGACUCGAAUCGGAUAUGAAAAGUUGGAGCAUCUCUUCGUAUGGAUUUCAGGAGGCACGUCGGAUGGCUGUUUCGCGGGGCCAGAAAAGCCCGUUUGGAACCGGUGGCGGGCCGAGUACUACGAUUUCCUUUUAUGCACUGGUAGACCUAGACUCUCCCGAUAUUCCUACUUAUAUUCAUAGAAAUUUAUACUACUACUUAGUACUAUUUAGACUCAUUCCCAUGAUUCUUAUUAAGUUUUCCAAAGCUACAACAAGGAAAGAGUCUUGCUUCGGAAGUUUCCUCACAUGGUAAAACUGACUCCGAAGAUAUUUUCCACAACGGCGUGAUUAAGUGCCUCCCUGAUGAUCAAUUGUCGAGGGGCUGCUCUGCUCCAAUCUAGCAGCUGAUUGCAGAGAACGUCGUCCUUCUCUACAGUUUCGACCAGGUGGCAGUGUUUCAGAGCCCGUGCAACGAGCAGGCGAAGGUCGCGCGGAAAGUGCUGGUGGAGCGCGUACCGACUGACGAGUGGGAUUGGCGAGAAGCAAACUGGGUCCGUGUCAUGCUCCGCGACCUCAUCAGCCGGUCUCCAGAAAGCUUGGUGCUGUCUACCUUCGCAAGUGCGUCCGCGAGCCAGAAAACCACGUCUGGAGAACAUCCAAGUCCUAUCGUAUUACCUACUUCUUCUAGUGGUCGCGCUGGAGGGGGUGGCGGAGGCGGUGCUAGUACGCCUCGGUCGCCAGGUCGUAGCGGGGGUGCCCCUAUCACAGAAGCUUUUUUAGAACGCUUGCUGGAGACCGACAGUAAGCUUUUCGGAGUUCUUUUGCAUGGUUCAUUCAGCGCAGUAAGUGGUCUCAAAAGUGAUAUGAAUGCUCCUGUGACUAGUGACAUCAACAGAGGAGGCGAGCAAGGACAUCUUCAGAGGCACCUGAUUCAGAACGAUGUGCCUGAUCCGCGCUUCACAGGCUGUUUCAAGCAGGCGUUUAUCGGGCAGCACGAAAAGAUCCGUGUCCACAGCCUACAACAUGAACAACGAUCGAAGCUCCAGGUCGCCACCUCUCGCCUCGUCAUAGCUUCAAAUCUUCGCUCGCAAAGCCACACUUCUGCUUCGCGUGAAGCUAGAAUAUACGAGCGAUCGAAGAGUUCUGUUAGUGAUGUCGGAAUGGAGGAUGAAAACGAGAUUAGAAACGGCGCCGAACAAAAGAAGGGUCUUGAAGGUAAACGUGUGGAAAUGAAUAGAUAUCGAACAGGAACGAAGCCCGCGCCCGCUCUUGCAACCAUUCUGAGCACAACAUAG